UAAAAUAAAGGUCAAAUAGGUUACAUACGUCAAGAGGAGGGGGAGCUUAUAAGUAGACAAGGUCGUAAUCAAGUUUAUUGUAAUUUUUCGGCGUUUUUUAAAUUAAAAAGUCAAUCAUGCCUGCAAAAUAUAAGAUUGUGAUGAUCCGGCACGGAGAAAGUGAAUGGAAUCAAAAAAACUUAUUUUGCGGCUGGUACGACGCUGACCUUAGUGACAAGGGUCGAGAGGAAGCAAUCGCCGCCGGAAAGGCUUUAAAAGCCGAAGGCUACCAAUUUGAUGUCGCUCAUACAUCAGUUUUAAAAAGAGCCCAAAUAACGUUAAAUUCAAUUCUAAACGAAAUCGGACAGCCGGAUUUGCCCGUCAACAAAACUUGGCGCUUGAACGAAAGGCAUUACGGUGGUCUUACGGGUCUUAACAAAGCUGAGACUGCCGCCAAGUAUGGCGAGGCACAGGUCCAAAUUUGGCGACGUAGUUUUGACAUUCCACCCCCACCAAUGGAGAAGGACCACCCUUACUAUGAGACUAUUGUAAAGGAUGCUCGCUAUGCCGGGGAUCCAAAGCCUGAAGAGUUCCCAAUGUUUGAAAGCUUAAAGCUUACUAUUGAAAGAACACUUCCAUACUGGAACAAUGUUAUUGUUCCCCAGAUUAAGGAAGGAAAGAGAAUUAUAAUAGCAGCUCAUGGAAACAGUCUGAGAGGAAUUGUGAAGCAUUUAGACAAUUUGAGCGACGCGGCCAUUAUGGAACUGAAUCUGCCCACGGGGAUCCCAUUCGUUUAUGAGUUGGACGAGAACCUGCAGCCCGUGGACUCCAUGGUGUUCCUGGGGGACGAGGAGACAGUGCGCAAGGCCAUGGCGGCCGUCGCGGCGCAGGGCAAAGCCAAGUAGUGCGCCUCACGCCUCUCGCCUGAAGCUUGAUCCUCGCUCUCCCCUUCUAUCAUACUAUUCUGUAUAUUUAUUGUUUGUUGUAUAAUCUUAAAUAUUGUUACUACCAUUAGAAUAAAGUACUUGUUUUUGCACUA